CUGCUGCUCACUUGCCCCGGCAAACAACGUCACCCGUACGCAACGACAGCAGUCGUGUCUUGAGCGGCUCGCAUACGCACCUCGUUCAUACGCUUUCCGUCACACCGCGUAGCACGCACUCGUGACUUUUCGCUUUGACAUAACCCGUCUCACGUGGAGUAAAGAAAAACUAUACGGAGUGCGGGCGGCAUGGCGUUGGCGAUUAAGAAAGUUCUCAUCAGCGAUGCGGUGGAUGCUUCCUGCGUCAAGAUCCUCGAAAACCACGGGGUCCAAGUGACGCUCAAGACGGACCACACCAAGCCCGAACUUCUGGAGGCCAUCAAGGGUUACGAUGGGCUCAUCGUACGAUCGGCCACGAAAGUGACGAGCGAUGUUAUCAAAGCCGGGCAGUCGCUCAAGGUCAUUGGACGCGCCGGCACGGGUGUCGACAACAUCGACUGCGAUGCUGCCACUAGACAGGGAAUUCUCGUCAUCAAUGCCCCUGGCGGAAAUACGCUCAGUGCAGCUGAACUGACAUGUGCCAUGAUCAUCACUCUCUCAAGAGAAAUUCCGGCUGCCACAAUGUCUCUCAAAGGAGGCAAGUGGGACAGGAAAACAUUUAUGGGUAAUGAGCUGUAUGGGAAGACACUUGCUAUCAUUGGACUUGGAAGAAUCGGCAAGGAAGUGGCAUUAAGGAUGCAGUCCUUUGGAAUGAAGACCAUUGGUUUUGAUCCCAUUGUGCCCAAGGAAGUCUCCAGGGAGUUUGGAGUGGAGAGCCUAAGUCUUGACGAAAUCUGGCCCCAAGCUGACUACAUAACUGUCCACACACCUCUCAUUCCACAAACUAAGGAUCUCAUUGGCAAGGCUAGCUUGCAGAAGUGCAAGAAAGGUGUGAAGAUUGUGAAUGUUGCCAGAGGUGGCAUUGUCAAUGAGGAUGACCUCCUGGCUGCCUUGGAGUCUGGUCAUUGUAGCGGCGCUGGGCUGGAUGUCUUCGUUGAAGAGCCUCCCAAGAACACCAAGCUCAUUGAGCACCCCAAGGUUGUCUGCACACCUCACUUGGGUGCCAACACCAAGGAGGCCCAACUGCGUGUGGCUCAGGAGAUUGCCGAGCAGUUUGUUGCCCUCUCUAAAGGACAGUCUGUUCCAGGAGUGGUGAAUGCACCAUCACUGUCCCAAACACAAGUUCCCGAGAACAAGCCCUGGGCAGAUCUCUGCAUCGCUCUGGGGAAAAUUGCCGCUGGUCUGGUGGGAUCUCUGGCAUCUGGACUACAGGUUGAGCUGACUACAAAAGGCACUGGACUUGAGAAGAAGGGUCAGUUCCUCAGUUCCGCAGCUUGUAUUGGCCUCUUGAACCAAUUUGGUCAAAGCCAUGCAAACUUCAUCAAUGUCACCGUGCUUUCAUCGGAUUCUGGUGUUAAGGCUUCCCACAAACAUGUGCCUCAAGCAGCAUUUGGCGAGGCUGAAGUUGCCCUGUCUGUGAAGAGUGGCUCUGUAGGCCACACUGUUGUGGGCACUGUGAGCGGUCCCUCCCUGCUGCUGUGUUCCCUGGACAAUGCCACCUUCCAGCCUGUGCAGCUUCUUUCACCCGGCGGCAUGCUGGUGGCAAUAGGAGAGAACAGCCCUAACACAUUUGCUGAAGUUAUCGGUUCACUUGUGAAAAACGGUGUAUCGGUGCUGUCGGCCUCAUGUACCACUGGCCACGAAGGCAAGGCCUUCUACCUCUUCAGAACUGGCUCUCCGGUGAAGGCGCAGACCCAGCCACCAAUUGCUCCACUGAAGUUCUGGACGUACAUCAGCAUCUAAAGACUUACAAUUCGACCAAAACAAUGCAGCUGUAUUUUCAUAGGCUCAUUUAGUGCACUUUUAUGGCACCAAUUCUUGAUACACUAAGGCACGUACAAAAAAUGAGUUUAUGCAAACAUUCAGCAAUAAACAUUUUGUCCUUAUGA